GUAUUGAAUGAACCAUUGUUUUUUUUGAUAUGCCCGAGGAUAUAUAAUGAGAUGUAGACACAGUAUGUACAAAUUCUACAAACAAAUAAAUGUCAAAUUAAUGUUUUUGAAACAAUAAAGUUAUUACUUGAAUUAGUCUACAUGUCACAUAAGUAUGAAGAACAAGUGGUCAAUUUGUAAACAGAUUGUUAUAUACAUGUUUGAUUCUAAUUGGUCAAUUUAAAACAUUUUGUGUAUUUUCGGAAUUUUUCAUUGGUUGACUCUUUAAAUGUCUUAUGACAUACAUAACCUUUAUAAGCUCGUCGUUUCCUGAAGUCGGCAAAAAUAGCAUUAGCAAAAUAAACUCAGGAAGCUUACGACGAUUUUUUUAUAUCUUUUAGAUUUUGAAAAUCAAUGACUUUAAGUCAGUAAAAGCUCAUAGCCUGAGACAAUUCCCCAAACCAGAGCAACAACAACAACAAGGAAAAAUACGCUGCACAAUUAGCGGCACAACACGUGGUGGGUAGAAUCUACAAGAUCGUAGGGUUUCUCAAGCAAAGCGAGUGCAUAUGCCACUAAAUAGCAAACCAUCCAACUACAAUCUGAGGUCAACUCUUCCGGAAACCGAAGAAGCCACAGUGAUAGAAGAGACAGUUAUGAGUUCACAUCCAGCUUUCAGAUUAGAGUCUUUUAGAGGAGAUGGAACGGAAGAUAUAGAGAGAUACCUAAGAAGAUUUGAGCAGUACCAAGCGUGCACAGGUAUUAAAGAUGAACAGGCGUUUGCCACUUUAAUUUGGUAUUUGGACGGACACGCCCGCCUGUGGAUUGAGUCAUUAGUGAGUCCACCUACAACACUCGGAGGACUAAAGGCAGCUUUAAAAGAAAAAUAUAAGGUUAACAAACCGAUAGACUUAAACAUAUUUCUGCUGAAACAAAACCACAAUGAAAAUGUCGAACAAUAUAUUCACAGGCUGGAAAAUGCAUUACUUUUACAAAAAAACAGAGUGGACGAUGCGAUAGCAGUACAGAUCGCAUUGUCUGGCAUGGAUAGAAAUAUUGGAUCGGCUGUGAGCACCCAUAAUCCUAAAAACUUGGAUCAAGUCAAGGAUAUUGCAUCCAAAAUGACCAUUGCUCCUGCAAUUUCGGUCAACGCUGUGGACAAAAUAACACAACCCACAGCCAUCGAAAGCGCUGUGGAAGUAUUGACGGCCGCGGUGGCUAAACUUACAACGACAGUAGAAGAACGAAAUUCGGGAACAUCAAGGCAGAGUGACCACAUGGGAAGACAAUAUCACUACAGACAUAGGGAUAAUCAAGGCAAUGGUGCUGGGACCCAGGGACGAAAACAGACAGUGCAAUGUAGAAGAUGUGGAGUUUGGGAAAAAUUACUGCUGAUCUCAUUCAUCAUGAUGACUCUAUUUUCGUCGGUGUGUUCAGUACAUAGGGAACUACAGAGAUUGAAUUAUGGUGUUGUUUUUGAACCAGGAACCAAAAUACACAUGGGUAAAGAACAUUGGGUGCAUACCUUUGAGGUAGAAUUACCUAAAGAGGUGAACUUGGUAGAUUUAUCAGGGUGUUCAAAAAGCAAAAAGACCUGUGAGUACAUAAACAAGGUUCUUACAGAAAUAAAUAACGUCAGAAUUAAUACCAAAUAUUUCAUAAAUGAAUCAAUAAACACAAUUGAAAAUCUAAUUAUAUUGUUAAAAGUAGAAGUAAAAGGUCUUUACUUCCGUUCAUUGGUUCUUUGA